CACCCCCGCUGCAGCCGGGGGGGCCCUCCUCCCCGCGAACCCGAUUAAGAAUGACUGUCAAAGCUAUAAAAAUGUUGUGCGCCACUCCUAAUGUUUAUACGAAAGUGCCUGACGGAGGAUGGGGGUGGACUGUUGCUUUUGCUUUCUUUGUCGUGGAAGCACUUACCUACGGUAUUAUAAAAUCAUUUGGAGUCUUCUUUAAUGAUUUGAUGGAAAGCUUCGAUGAAACCAACAGCAGGAUAUCCUGGAUAAUUUCAAUAUGUGUUUUUGUACUAACUUUUACAGCUCCAUUGUCUACAGUCCUAAGUAAUCGUUUUGGUCAUCGUCUCGUGGUGAUGGUUGGAGGUAUAUUGAUCAGUAUUGGAAUGGUCACAGCCUCCUUUGCACGCACAGUUGUUGAGAUGUAUAUCACAAUUGGCCUAAUUUCUGGCCUGGGAUACUGUCUGUCUUUCCUCCCGACGGUCACCAUUUUGUCGCAAUAUUUUGACAAAAGACGUUCUCUGGUCACGGCAGUGGCAUCUACAGGAGAAUGCUUUGCUGUCUUCUCUUUUGCGCCAGCUAUCACCUCUUUGAAGGAACAGAUUGGUUGGAGAUACAGUCUCAUGAUAGUGGGCAUGCUACAGUUAGGCAUUGUCAUCUGUGGAUCGCUGCUGCGACCGAUCAUUAUUAAAGCACAGGAAAUAGUGAAAGUAUUGCCAACAGAAGAGCAUACAGAGACUAAGUACAUGCUUGAAAAUGAGCAAACACGCACCUCACUAGAUUCAAUUGACUCAGGAGUAGAAGUAUCUACCUCACCCAGCAGUGUGCCUGGAAACACCAAAGCAGACCUGAAAAGUGAAGAACCAAAGGAAACUGUACAGAUGCUUGUUGAAGCUAGCAGCUCCCCUAAAGAACCAAAAAUCCAACUACUGGACUUCUCUGUGAUGAAAGACCACAGCUUUAUUUGUUACGCACUUUUUGGUCUAUUUGCUACUCUAGGAUUCUUUGCUCCAUCACUGUACAUCAUUCCGCUCAGCAUCAGUCUUGGUAUCAAUAAGGAUCAUUCUGCAUACAUAUUGUCUGCCAUGGCAAUUGCUGAAGUCUUUGGAAGAAUUAGUGCUGGUUGGGUCCUCAACAAGGAGCCUAUCCGCAAGAUUUACAUUGAACUCAUAUGUGUCAUUCUGCUCUCCCUCGCUCUGUUUGCCUUCCCUUUUGCUUAUGAAUUUUGGGGGUUGAUGAUAUGUAGCAUAUUUUUUGGAUUCAUGCUUGGAACUGUAGCAGGCACACACAUUCCCAUGUUAGCUGAAGAUGAUGUGGCUGGUAUCGACAGGAUGUCUUCUGCAGCUGGAGUAUAUGUGUUCAUUCAGAGUUUAUCUGGACUGGCUGGACCACCCCUUGCAGGUGUGCUAGUGGACAUGACACAGAACUACAGAUCAGCUUUCUACUCCUGUGCUGCUGGCAUGGUACUGGGCGCUGUGUUUCUGUCCUUAGUAAGACCAUGCAAGACGGUAUUGUGUCAAGGUCAAAAGCAGAGCUUGGAAGGAAAUGUGUCAGAAGCGUUACAAGAAAUCCCAGAUGACUUUAUUGAAAUGGAUCUCGGAAAAAUAGAUGAUUCAGGAAGAAGCUGUGACAGCAAGGCAUAAAAAAGCCGGUCCUCAUAAAUCCAAUACACUCUGUGUUAAAGCUGGGGAAAAAAACAAGUCAGCUCUGCUCCAUGUUGUAAAGCUAUAUUUGAAAGGGAAUGCAAAAUCUUAAUGUGAACAAGUUGCCAUCAAUGACUAUUCUUUUGGAAAGAUUUUUUUUUUUAAAGUCCGCAAUGGUAGGAUCCAUAUGAAAUAGGGCCAUGCACUGCUCGCUACAUAAAAAUAUACCUGACCCACAUGAAGACAUAUGGUUCACAUUCCUACACUCUGAAUACAUAACAUGCAUAUCUCAAAGUUCUACUGAUCUUAAAUAGAAAACAUAAGGUUGUAUGCAUGAAAAUCAGAAGUGAUGCAUGCAACUAAAUCCAUUAGGUCACAGUCUUUGUCAUCGCUUGGCGAGCUUCUCAAACUGUAGAUCUUCUUCAACCAACAGAAUAAAUAAUACAGAAGAAAUGAUUUAAUAACUAAGUACCGGUAAUCUGAACUCUUGAAUUUUCUAUCAGAAGAACAUGGACUUUUGUUUCAGAUCUUUGUAAGAAGACUUGGGGACAGUAGGGUAGGCUAACUGGUUAAAAUAGAAUUAUUGAUAAACUGAAUUUGUAGUUAACUUGAAUUUUGUAAACGCUGGGAAGUUGGAGGUUACCACUUAUUUUUAUGGCCAGUUAUUACUACAGAUAUUUCACUAUAAAAAGUUAUUUCUCUACAAACUAGCAUCCUGAUAACAAUUUCUUGAUAAGAUGUAUUGUCUUUAAUUUAAACCAGUAUUUAUUAUUUAAGUUAUUCUAGGUUUGUUAAAAGCGAUCAGAUAAAUAAUUUGAAUUGGAGAGAAAAAUCUGAUUUAGAAGAUAUUUUUACCUCUUCAUCAAUCCUUUCAACACCUAUCUUGUAAACUCAGUGUUUUGUUUGUUUUUAAAUCACAGGGUUGUUGUGAAUGCUGCCUGAUUUUACUAUGGAGGUCUUAGACAACUAUGCUCUUAAAAUAAUUCUGUGGUGGAUAUUCACUGAAUAUGAGCGACUCUUAAUAGAUUGUAGGUCAUAUCCUCAGCUGGUGUAAACUGAUACAGCUCCACUGAAUAGCACUAGCUGAGAAUCUGGACCUGUAUGAUAUGGACCUAAACACACCUACAACUUUCACUUACCACAGCUGCACAAAGGAAUCUUUGCAGCACUACUGAAUUAGCAUGAAUAAAAUCACUGUGGCUAAUACAAAAUAGUAAAGGCACUUGACCAUUACCAGUAACAGUUUACAUUAGAAUACAGUCUGUGUUCUUAAGCUUCUGUAGGCGUCACAUAAUUGGUCUACAAUGAAAAGAAAAUAAUCACUGUGGACGCUACCUUGUUUCCAUUGAAGUCAGUGAGGUUUUUUUGCCACUAACUUCAGUGAUGGCAGGAUUAGGUCCUUAUUGUGUUUCCCAUUUUAUUACUGGUAAAGAAGGGAAUUCUGAAGGACAACGAACUGGCCGUUCACUCACUCUUAUUUUGGUAAGAUUCCCUUAUGCAUUUUUAUACCACUCGGCAACUCAGGGGGACAAGUACAAAGUUUGUUUGGUUCUAAGUACGCAUACAGCUUGACAUGUUUCUCUGCAUUUAAGUGGAAGUGGCACUGUAUAUUAACUGCUAUGCUAACAUGUUUAUGUAUUUUAUCAGCCAUAGAAAUCUGGGACAAUCUGUAGAAGACUUCUCUCUUUAGGAAGGUGGUUUUGUUUAAACUGUCUUAGAUGUCCAAAAAGAAACACAUUCCUGCAACAAAGUGUCCAUAGCAAUCCAUUGUUACUGCCUGAAUCAGUGUGACUAUGCUGCAGUUCUGUGUCUUUUUAUAUGCCUUCAGCACUUUAUCAUGAACAGCAGAACCUCGAUGAGUUGCAUGAAUGACUGGAAGAUCCACUGUAGGCAACUAGAUUUUGUGAAUUAGCGAGUAAGCGAACAAACACGAUACUGCAUUACAAAACUAUUUAUUUUUGUAAAGUGUUUAUUUUUAAUUUAUGCUAAUACUUCUGGCAUGCUGGUAAAUGUACUGUAGAAUAUAACUGUAAAAUUAAUGAAGUCUUAGUAAUACGAGACCUCACUACAGCACUUUGCUAUUAUAAACUUAUUUAGAAGUGGGAAAAGCCUCCAGGUUAUGUAUGAGGAUUACCUGUUCUGCAGAUUAACGAGGUUCUACUGUAACUUUUUUACAAGGAUUUCCAAUACAGAUUCAGUAAUAAUGUAAACAAAUGGCUGCAUAAUAAGUUUCUGUACAUAGCAUGAGCAGGCAAGUGCAUGUGUAUUCGUGCAUGCAUGUGUGUGCACAAAAGACCUAGAAAAUGCAGGCUUUAAUGCAUUCAAAACAGGAUUUGCUGGUUUGUUCUGUAAUGUAUUUAGUGAAGUUUGGAAGUGAUAUGAAAUAUUGAGUUUUGCAAUAAAUUUUUUUUAAAAACAAAAUUUUUACCCCUUUUAUUUCCAGAUCUCUUCUGCAUUCCUUACUCAAACAGUGCUGUGCUUCGAGUUGUCCUAUAAUAACCUUACAAAGUAAGACACAGCCUUGUGACUAAAAGGCUUGAUUAUUACGAUUCCCUCUUUAAAAGGGCUUUCAGGAGUGCAUUGCUAUCACAUGCAACUUGCUCAGAUUGAAGGACCAUGUUUACCCAGUGGAUGGAGCAACCAUGCAUUCUUUAACAUUGACUGCCUAUGAAGGGGUCGAUUAACACAGACCUUGACAUGACAUUGGGUGUUCUUGUAAAAUUUGUACCACUAUACUCUGAGCUAUAAUCAGUGCAUCAUUCUGACUUCUAACUAUGCUUUGAUAACAAACACCCAUUUUAGGAACAUCUUGUCUUAGUGAAUUAGACAAGAAUGUGUGUUAUACAGUAAAAGCUCUGUUAUCUAGCACAUCAGGGAUUCCGGUUAAUCAAAUGUUCUGGUUAACUGAAAGUUCUACUUUUACCCAUGGAAUACCAAUGUACAA